CUUCAUUACGAAAUCGGAACCAUGAUCUCUACUAACCUCGGCACAGCACCUCGGCACGCCGAGGGGCAUUCAAGUCAUUGCUCGAGGAUACCCCUCCUCCAGAAUCAUUCCUUCGAGCUGCCAGACACUGCGCAAAUAUGCUUCGUCCCAUAGCACCGAGGCUUUGGAGCCCUAGGCUCUCACACGUCGCUCGAUUAAAGCUCGGACAGCAACCCCGACUACCACAAAAUGCGAGGAACUAUGCCUCCCCUUCCGCAUCCAGCCCGGCCUUCGACUGGAAAGACCCAUUAGCAAGCAACAAUCUUCUCACCGAGGACGAAUUAGCCAUUGCAGAGACAGCAGAGAGGUACUGCCAGGAGCAAUUACUACCAAGAGUUCUACAAGCCUACCGCGAUGAGAACUACGACCGAGCGAUCCUCUCCGAGAUGGGCGAACUGGGUCUGCUGGGCGCUAACCUGCAGGGAUACGGCUGUGCGGGCACGUCCACGGUGGCAGCCGGACUGAUCACGCGUGCUGUCGAGCGCGUAGACAGCGGCUACCGCUCCGGGAUGUCGGUCCAGUCAUCGCUGGUGAUGGGGGGCAUCCACGAGUUCGGCUCGACAGAGCAGAAGGAGGAAUUUCUCGAGCCCAUGGCCCGCGGGAAGCUUCUCGGGGCCUUCGGUCUCACAGAGCCGAACCACGGGAGCGACCCGGGGUCGAUGGAGACGACGGCGCGCCCGCACCCCUCGAAGAGCGGGUACUACGUCCUCAGCGGCGCCAAGACAUGGAUCACGAACUCCCCCAUCGCCGACGUGCUGAUGGUGUGGGCGAAGCUCGAGGGCAAGAUCCGCGGAUUCCUGGUCGAGCGCGCGGAGUGUCCCACAGGCACGCUCGAGACGCCAGCACUCAAGAACAAGAACGGGCUGCGCGCGAGCGUGACUGGUAUGAUCCAGCUCGACAACUGCCCGGUGCCGGCUGCCAAUAUGUUCCCCUCGGUGGAAGGAUUGCGAGGGCCGUUUACAUGCCUGAACAGCGCGCGAUACGGGAUUUCCCUCGGAGUCAUGGGAGCACUGGAAGACUGUCUCGCGCGCGCUCGGACGUACGCCCUCGAGCGCCGGCAGUUUAAGAACAACCCGCUGGCCAAGUACCAGCUCGUGCAGAAGAAGCUGGCGGACGCCGCGACGGAUGCCGCGUACGGUGUGCUGGCGGCGAUACAAGUCGGGCGUUUGAAGGAUGAGGGCAAGGCCACGCCUGAGAUGAUUAGUAUGAUCAAGAGGCAGAAUUGCGACCGGGCUUUGCAUAAUGCGAGGGUGUUGCAGGAGAUUUUCGGCGGGAAUGCGGCUAGUGACGAGUAUCAUAUCGGUAGACAUGUGGCCAAUCUUUUCGUCACGCAGACCUAUGAGGGUCAGAGCGAUAUUCAUAGUCUCAUCCUCGGUCGUGCCAUAACUGGUAUUCAGGCCUUUGCGUAGUGGACUCUUAGCAUCAUCCUACCGCAUAUCUAUCUAGGUAGUAGAAGAGUGGUAUUGCUCGACCUAUGUUCGCCACAUCGUUCAUUGGUACCUGCUUUCUACUUCUGGUUUGAAUCUGCAAACAACAUGGCCUACUUUCCAUCUAGGGUAAGCAGAUAGGGCGAGUGUAUUACGCUUAGUGUAUGGAUAAUAUGACCUACAGUCUGUAGAGUGAAGGUUGGGAAUAUGUAGGUCUUCUAAAUCAUGUGAA